AAUAAAUACAUCUGCGACAUAAACAAUUCAUUUUAAACAAACUGAACUUGAGCAUAUGAUCAUUAUUUAAAGAUAUUGGAUUGUGAUAAGGCUAAUAAUGAGUGAUUUAUAAAGAAGUCGAAUAAAGAAAAUUCUUUUCAGCGUUUGUGCUCUUGGUUGAGGUUUUAUAAGUGUCUCUGGGAGAAAUUCUUAUUUUGUCAUUCAGAACACCUUUCCGAUUAACUCACAACAAUCCUACGUUGGACGGAAGUGCUGAAAAGUUACGACUAUAGCCUCAAACACUCAAACCGGAUAGCUAACAUUCAGCUAUGGUUGAAGAACAAAAGAUAUUCUCUGAACAACAAUUGGCUGAAAGGAUGAACUAUGAAUUAAUGAACGCUCUCUUGCCACUUGUUACAUUCAUAGGUUUCGAAAUAGUGUUCGGAUUCUUCGGAAACUUGCUUGUUUUCUAUGUGUACACUUUCCGCUAUCGUCAGAGAAAUUUUCGAUAUUUUGUUCUGUGUUUAGCAAUGGCUGAUACAUUGAGUUGUUUAACUUCGAUGCCACUGGAGAUUGUCUCACUAACUCAUUGGUAUAUCUAUCCAGGAGAAGCCUUGUGCAAAAUUAAAACGUUUUUCAGCGUGUUUACUGCGAUUUCGAAUAGUCUGUGUUUGUUUGUGAUUGCAAUAGACAGAUACAGGAAAGUUUGCGAACCUUUGGGGUGGCAAAUCACACCGGAAAUAGCUAAACGUCUUUGCUGUUCCAUUUAUCUCGUUGCCUUUCUCGUGAGUGUUCCAUUUCUAUACUUUUGGGGAACUAUGUCUUAUCAGUAUAUAUAUGAAAAUAGAAAUAUCACGGUAACAACAUGUGGUAAGGACACUGGCAAAGUGCAUGCCGUUGGCUACGCUAUAACAAUAGAUGUGAUAAUGUUCAGUACUUUGUUUAUAAUGCUGGUAUUGUAUACUCUAAUAGCCAGGCGACUUCUUGCAAAACGGAAACCAAUUAUUGUUGGGGCAAAGACAUUGAGUCAUGCUAAAAAGCUGGUGUGUUCGAGCAGUGAAGAUGGCGCAGUGCUGCAAUUAAAGGAGUAUUACUCCGCACAAGACGCUUAUAAGUACAGAUUUAAGGAUGAUAGGUGUCGGAAAGUCGUCAAUAAUCAACGUGUUGCAAAUGGAUAUGAAAACUGCAAGGUUGACGCUCGCAUCCGAAGAAUGACUGUGAUCAUGCUAAUUUUGACGUUGUCUUUUAUCAUCACUGCGGGUGUUUAUCUCGCACUACUUUUCCUUUUCGCAUUAUCUGACGAUAAAAAGGUUGAUAAAAUGAGCAAUGGUCUUAAAGUGGUCAUGUCAUUUUUCUUGCGUCUGUAUUUUAUAAACCACGUGAUCAACCCUGUAGUUUAUAUUUCGAUGGAUCCUCACUUUCGAAAAACAAUUAGAAAAAGAUUUUAUAGAAUAUUCAGUUGUAAAUGUUGUUGAAACAUUCAUAUUUUCUGUUUGGUAAAAAGUAAAUCAUACCGAACCUUGCACACCGGCUUGCAUUUCAUGGUUCAGAAAGUAGUCCCAACUUGCAGAGAAAAUAACAGUACUGACACCGCUUAAAAUUUUAAUGGACAGGAGUCGGAACAGGAAUGUUCCUGCAAUUAAAACGUUUCAAAAUACGUAAAAUCAGCCUUGAAGUGUUUGUUUGUGUGUUGUUGUUUACAUUAGCGUUAUGAUAUAAUGAGUAAUUGGGCAUCAAAAUAGUUCCAAUAAUAAUGAUUAAAUUGUUUUAACCACGUUUUUAUGACAAUGGCAAACAAUCAA